AUGAUCGUUAGUUCUUUGCGGCUUUCCGCCUGUUACCUUUGCUACAACCUCCUGGUAUUAGCCAACGUGGUUGUGGGAACCAAGCCAGCAUCUCCAAGAGAGCAGGGCCACCUCCAGCAACUUUGCCUCCAGGUGCAGCGGCACAUCAGCAGCAGCCUCCGCGAGAACCCCGCUCUCCUCUACCGGACCAAGCUGAAGAACCUGGCUGCCCAAACCUACGUCAAGUGGCAGGAGCUGCUGUCGCAAAGCUGGCUCCAAUUAACCCACUAG